GGGGGAGAACGUCUUCAUUCACAACAACCGUAGCUUUAGCUCCUGGUGCUCACUCCUUUGUAGAACCUUGUAAGACCUUUUGUAGACCUUUUAGAGGAACCAAGAUGUCAGAACAACAGAUUCAGACCUUCUCGGGCUAUGAAAUAGAGUUGGUGCUCAGCGACGAUUCAGCGACGGAUGAAGAGGGUCUGGUUCACCCCUCUAACGCGAGCACGUGGGACCAAGAGGACUGUGAUUACUGCCUCCCACCAUCCGACAGUGAGGAUGAGGAUGAGGAUUACAAGCCACCCCAGGCCAGGGUCCCAGGACCUUCAAGGGGCCCAAAGCCAAAACGGAAGCGAGGAGGUCCACAAUCGGCUCCACAACAGUCAGGCCCAGCAGCACCUCCCUCGACCACUCUGCGGAAGAGAGGACGCCCCUCUCUUCCACUGAGAACUCCAGCUAGCAAGAGUAGGUUGUCCUCUACGGAGGAGGAGGAGGAGGAGGAGGAGGUUGAAGAGGAGGAGGUGGACAGGUGGCAUGACCGAGAUGAGGAGAGCAUAACACCUGCCACGCUCAGCUUCCUGCCGGCCAGGACCCCGGGCCCCACCUGUGUCCGUACCACAAAGUGGUCUCCUCUCAGCCUCUUCCAGCUUUUUUUUUCCGAUUCUGUUGUCAGAAAAAUAAUUGACAACACUAAUGCCAAUGCUGCCAAAAGGAAACAAGCCGGCAUGAAAUUCCAGUGGGAUGUGCUAACGAUGAAGGAUUUCUACACCUUCCUAGCCAUCAUCAUCUUCACAGGCCUUGUGUCCGUGCAUCACAGGUCUGACUACUGGAGGAAGACAUGGCCGUACAGCUUCCAGUUCCCAGGCGACAGCAUGAAUCGGAACCGGUUUGAGGCCAUUUUGUGGUCGCUUCACCUCAGCGACCCAAAAGAGGACGAGGAAAACGAAAAGAAAUGGAACACAGCCGAGUACGACCGGCUUUUCAAAAUAAAGCCCCUGUACACAGAAAUAGUGAACGCUUGCAAAGCUAACUUCCAGCCGUAUCGAAACAUUUCCAUCGAUGAGCGGAUGGUUCAGAGCAAAGCCUGCAUGAAACCGUACAACAAGGACCAGCCAACAAAGUGGGGCUACAAGCUGUUCGUGCUGGCUGAUGUGUCCAUCGGUUAUACGUGGAAUUUCCAUGUGUACGUGGGGGAAAGUGAGUCCCCCUCCACGGGCCGCGGUCUGAGCUACUCGACAGUGAUGGACCUUUUACCGCUUCCUCUCCUCGGCAGCGGCUACUUGCUGUACACUGACAGUCAUUACUCGAGCCCUGCUCUCUUUACGGACCUGUUGAAAAAGAACAUUGGCUGCUGCGGUACCAUCCGCACACAAAGGAUCGGCAUCCCGAAGACCCGGGUCAACGACCUGCCCAAAAAGGCUGAGAGGGGGGACAUGCGCUGGAUCCGGCGUGGCGACCUCCUCUUUGUGAAGUGGAUGGACACCAGAGAGGUCACUGUGUGCUCCACGGUGCACAAGGCCUACAGUGGACAGACGGUGCAGAGGAAGCUGAAGGCGGCUGGGGUGUGGGAGAGCAAGUCCAUACCAGUUCCGGACGCCAUCGUGGACUACAAUCGUAGUAUGGGGGGUGUGGAUUUGUCCCACGCCCUGAUCGGCUUUUACAGUGUCCGCCACAAGACGAUGAGGUGGUACAAGACUUUCUUUUACCACUUUGUGGACAUUGCUGUGGCGAACAGCUAUCUCUUACACAAAGAGCUGUGGAAGCUGAGGCCGGACCCCACCCAGACUAAGACCCUCACCCACAAGUUCUUCAGGGAGCAGUUGGCCAAGGAGAUGCUGGAGUUCGCUGGAGGCUUGGCAGCCCGCCCUCCGGCCCCGUCACCAUCCUCUUCCUCCGCCGCUUGCCUGCCCGCUUUCUUUGAAAGCACGGACUCGCAGGCCAGGAAGCACUGCAAGAGGUGCACUGGUGCUGGGCUGACCCGGGUGAAAACCUCCAUUUACUGCUUGAAGUGUAAGGUUCCCCUCUGCUUCACCUCCAAGAAGAACUGCUUCCGGCAGUGGCACGAGGAACUUUCAUAGCCGUGUGUACAACGGUGGAAAGAAUUGUGUACAUAGUUUAUUGGCUUUACCUGUUUGUUUGUUUGUUUUGUAUAAUGUAAAUAGUUUAUUGGUUUUACAUGUUUUUUUUAGUUUGUAUAUUAUAAAUAGUUUUACAGUUUUGUAUUGUUACAAAUGUUUACAGUUUGCUGAAAUUAAAGUCUGUUCCAUAUGAUUCAA